AUGUCUUGGCAAGCUUACACUGAUAAUCUUUUGGGAACCGGUAAAGUCGACAGGGCAGUGAUAUACUCUAGAGCCGGCGAUUCUGUCUGGGCUUCCUCUGGCGGUCUGACAUUGCAAGCUAAGGAGAUACAGGAGAUCGCGCAGGGCUUUGACAACCCAUCGGGGCUGCAAAGCAAUGGUUUGCACAUCCAGGGACAGAAGUUCAUGUUGUUGAGGGCAGAUGAUAGAAGUAUUUACGGUAGACAUGACGCUGAAGGUGUGGUUUGUGUGAGAACCAAGCAAACAAUCCUCAUUGGUCAUUAUCCACCCAGCGUUCAGGCGGGCGAAGCAACGAAGAUCGUUGAACAACUGGCCGACUAUCUGAUCAGCGUCCAGUACUAG